CUGUCGGCUGAUUCUUCCGCGAGCUGUCACGAGUCUGAUGUGGAUUAAUACUUGAUUAAUUUAUUACAUUUUCUCGGUAUUAAAAAGAAGAAACGUGACAUUGCCCAGCUAUGGAAGUGUCCGAACCUUUUAAUGAAGCUGAGCGUCCGCAACACCAUCCGUUUCUGAUAGGGGUUAGUGGAGGUACAGCCAGCGGCAAGUCCACAGUGUGUGCCAAAAUCAUGGAGCUGCUGGGCCAGAACAAGGUGGAUCAUCACCAGCGCAAAGUGACCAUAGUGAGCCAGGACAGUUUCUACCGAGUGCUCACUACAGAACAGAAGGCCAAAGCUCUGAAGGGCCAGUACAACUUCGACCAUCCAGAUGCAUUUGAUACGGAGUUGAUGUUGCGGACACUGAAGGAUAUUGUAGAGGGAAAAGUCGUGGAGGUUCCAACAUACGAUUUCGUCACUCAUUCCAGGUUACCAGAGAAGAUCCGUGUCUAUCCAGCUGAUGUGGUUUUAUUUGAAGGGAUUCUGGUGUUCUACACACAGGAGGUCAGAGACAUGUUUCAUAUGAAACUGUUUGUGGAUACAGACUCAGAUGUACGCCUGUCACGCAGAGUUCUGAGAGACAUGGCGAGAGGGCGUGACCUGGAGCAGAUCCUCACGCAGUACACCACCUUUGUUAAGCCUGCCUUUGAAGAAUUCUGUCUUCCAACCAAGAAGUAUGCUGAUGUUAUCAUUCCUCGUGGAGUGGACAACAUGGUGGCGAUAAACCUGAUCGUGCAACACAUCCAGGACAUCCUAAACGGCGAAAUCUGCAAGUGGCAGAGGACCCCCGUUAACGGACACGCGAACGGGCAGAGCUUGAAGAGGGCCAUGGUGGAACAGGGGGAGAAAUCCGGUGCAGGACAAGGCACCUCCACAAAACGGCCCAUGAUGGAGCCUAGCACGCGGCCACACUAACGCUCACGUACGGAAAGAAAGUGGUUGUGGUUGAAAUUUGAAAGCUUUGGACAUUUUUGCAUGGUUUAAAUCACAUAUGUAGAGGAACACAUACACACACAGAGAAAAUCAUGCUGGUUCAACUAGAACCUUGGAGUGAGGAACACACUGGAUGAACUGAUCACAGAUCGUAUUAUUCAGUAUCUAUAGAACUAUAAAAUAUUCUAUAUUAUAGUAUCGGGCUUUGAUAUUUGCCCCAGGUAAACCUUCUGUAGCUUUUAUACCAAAAAUACAAGAAUGUAUCAGUGUAUAUUAAUUGUACAUUAGAUUAUUUAUAGCAGCGAGUGAACGAGUGAGUUGAAGAAAAGAAAAAGUUUAAAAUGAAGUCUAUUACUGUCCUGUUUUUAUCUAUUCAACAUAAUACAGAUAUCAAAGCUUUACUGGCCAAAACCAACAUCCUCCCAGUAACCGAGAUGACUUUCUGUACACAAGUAAGGCAAAGUGUUAAAAGGCACAAUGACAUCGUAACACAUUAGGUAGUGUGGGUGCUGCAGAGCUCCACUGACCUGCUUUCAAUCCACACCUCUGGUUACUGCCGGUGUGAAUACUGACAGGAUUUUGGUAAGGAAUUUGGCAACACAAAAAACAAGAUCAUUUGCAGCCCACGACAGAGCAAGUGGUUGGAACAGGGAUAGAGCAGAAAUGAAAACUGGUUGUCACUAUAUAGCAAGUUGCUCAGAGCACCUGAGCUCAGCGAUUUAGGUACUGGACUAGUAAUCAUAAGGUUGCUGGUUAAAGCCGCACUUUUGCCAACUUUCCACUGUUAGGCCCCUAAGCAAGGCCCUUAACCCACAAUUGCUUAAACUGUAUUCAGUGAUAAGUGUAAGUCACUUUGGAUAAAAGCGUCUGCUAAAUGCCACAAAUGUUAAUUACAUUUUGUGUAUCCCAAAUGUAGAACACCUUUAUUUGUCAUAUAUACAUAUACACCGACCAGGCAUAACAUUAUGACCACUGACGGGAAGUGAAUAACACUGAUUAUCUCUUUAUCAUGGUAUCUGUUAGUGGGUGGGAUAUAUCAGGCAGCAAGUGAACAUUUGAUCCUUGAAGUUGACGUGUUAGAAGCAGGAAAAAUGGCCAAACAAUGGCUAGAUGACUGGGUGUUUCCGUAUGUAUCAAAAGUGGUCCAAAUGUUGUUCAUAUAUGGGCGGGACUAAGCAGGAUGGGGUCUCUCUCUCAUGACUAAUGCAAUUACAAUCUUUGCUUGCUAAUUGAUGGCGCCUGCACAGAGAUGAGAAAAGAGUGCUCUCAGGGUGAGUCUCUCCGUACACAACGCUGAGCUGCACUACUCUCGUCAAAGUGUAGGUGAUGAGAUGCAUAUGGCUGCUGCCCAUGUGUCGGAGGGGGUGUGGGUUAGCUUCGUUCUCCUCAAUCAGAGCAGGGAUUGGCAUUGGUGGAGAGGAAGCGUGACGCAAUCGGGCAAUUGGACGCGCUAAAAAGGGAGAAAUGCAUAAAAGAAAAAAAUAAAUAAAGUGGUCCAAGGAAGGAACAGUGGUAAACCGGCGAGAGGGUCAAGGGCGGCCAAGGCUCAUUGAUGCACGUGGGGGGCGAAGGCUGGCCCGUGUGGUCCGAUCCAACAGACGAGCUACUGUAGCUCAAAUUGCUGAAGAAGUUAAUGCUGGUUCUGAUAGAAAGGUGUCAGAAUACACAGUGCAUCACAGUUGCAGGGCUGUUUUGGCAGCAAAAGGGGGACUAACACGAUAUUAGGAAGGUGGUCAUAAUGUUAUUCCUGAUCGGUGUACACUUGUACAGUACAAUGAAAUUCUUUCUUCACAUAUCCUAGCUUGUUUGGAAGUUGGGGUCAGAGCGCAGGGUCAGCCAUCGUACGGCGCCCCUGGAGCAGACAGGGUUAAGGGCCUUGCUCAAGGGCCCAACGGUGGCUGCAUGGCAGUCAUUUGACAGCCCAAACCUCUACCCACUAGGCUACCACUGCCCCAUCACUAUAAACAAUGCUGUAGUCUAGGAAUACAAAUAGACAUAAACACCAAGACGAUGUUAAACUGUAAAUCUGGACUACCAAAGCUAAACCUGUGGUUUAAAGAAAAGACAAUUAGCCUAUGUGCACUAAAAUUCUAGCACCUACCUAAUGCACAUGUAAUCCCACUAUGAUUCAAAUGUAUGUGGACACCCAAUGCUAAAUGUGUAUAAAAGCAGUUACAUGGUAAGAGUUUGGAACAGGCCCAUUUCUGCUUCAGCCAUGCACAAAGCAAGGUCCAAAAAAGACUUGAUUCGGACACAUCGACCUCACAAAACAUCUUAAGGAUGAAUGGGAAUAUCAACUGUAAACCAGGCUGUCUUGUCAAGCAGCGGAAUGCGCAUAUUUCCUCAGACUUAAAGAUUAAAGGCUGUUAUAACAGCUAUAUAAUCAUAUUUAAUGCCUUCGGGUUUAAAUGAGAUGUUUAACAGGGUAGCACUGUCGCCUCACAGCAAGAAGGUCCUGGGUUCGAUCCCCAGGUGGGGCGGUCCGGGUCCUUUCUGUGUGGAGUUUGCCUGUUCUCUCUGUGUCCGUGUGGGUUUACUCCGGGUGCUCCGGUUUGCUCCCACAGUCCAAAGACGUGCAAGUGAGGUGAACCGGAGACACUAAGUUGUCCAUGACUGUGUUCGAUAUAAUCUUGUGUAAUGAGUAACUACCGUUCCUGUCAUGAAUGUAACCAAAGUGUAAAACAAGACGUUCAAACCCUAAUAAACAAACAAGUGUCCACAUACUUUUUGCCAUGUAGUAAGAAGGAAGCCGAUGCAAAUUAAAUCACAGUUCUAGACUGAUGUGACACCUUAUAUUAAAGCCUUGUUCUGCUUUAUUCUAACUAUUUAUUCUUACUGAACCGUUUCUGCAUUGUAAUCGAUUGAUUUUGAAGCACCUUUUGCAGACUUGAUCGCAGCAUUUUAAAUUCACAUUUCUGUUGAACUUCAUACCAUUUUAAAAUAGAAAUGUUUAUUUGAAAUGACUGAAGUAGGUUUUGAAGUCAUAUGUAGCUGCCUUACCCAUAAAUAAUGUUGUAGUAAUAAUAAUAAAGUAUUUAUGAGUAUUAACAUGCUGCUCUGAUAACCACAGAUUCUAUGUGGAUCUAUUGUAUGUGGGUUUUAAAUCGUUUUUUUUUUAAAUAUUGAUUUGAAAUUGUCUGGUUUUUUUUUUUUAUAGAUUUGAACAGAUUAUUUUUUUUAGUCAAAGCAUUUUGUCCAUCAUUUCUUUGUACGUUUGUCAUUUAAAUAAAGAUUAAAGUUAAUUAACA